CUUCUGAUCAGUUUUAGUAUUCGACGUAAUCGGUUCACGUUAGCACAGCUUUCUAAAAAUGAGGUCCAUUGUUGAAGUCUUCUUGAUUUUGUUGUGUUUCCUAAUAAGUACAACUGGCGCACAAGAUGUAAGGCCAGAGUUUCCAGAAGAUUUUAGGCCAACAACAAGUACAACCGAAGCCCCCACAACUUCAACAACAGAGUUCAGCACAACUACAACAGAAAUUUUAGCAACUUCAACCACUGAACCUACUACAUCCACAACAAAAGCAUCCACAACUACAAUAACAGAAUCAACUACAACUACAACAACAGAAUCCACUAAAACUACCACAACAGAACCUACCACAACUACAACAACCGAAAGAAAGCCAAUAUAUACGACCGGCCAACCUCCCCAUGUGCGACCCACUUCCGCUAUAAAGAAUUCUCGGUUGAUGCAACCGUUGGAGAGGUGUUUUUUAAGAAACCAGUUGGAGUACAAUACCCGCUGGGCAUACCCCUCGACGACCAGCUGUUAUCGCUGCUGCUACUAUUACGACUGCCAUCUCACCCAAUGCAGUAAGCUUCACCAGGGGCGUUGUUUGCAAUAUGACUUCGAAAAAUUAAAAGUACACGUGAAUUGGAAAAAAGUAUAAUAAAAUCGAUGAACAA